CAGCAGGAGCAGGGAGCUGACGGCAGGUUGUCCCUGCGCCGUCCGCUCGCUGCCUUGAAGUUGCUCAGUGCCGCCGCCAGCAGCUUCAUUGCUGACCCAGUUCAGACUGACCCAGAGAGAGAUUCAGCGCAGAGUUCUCAACAUGAGCGACAGUGCAGCCGCCGAAACAGCUCCUCCAGCCUCCGCUCCCACCAAAGCCAAGGCUCCCAAGAAGAAGGCGGCGGCUCCCAGGAAAAAACCACCCGGUCCUGGGUUGGGCGAGCUGAUUCUGAAGGUUGUCGGGGAUAUCAAGGAUCGCAAAGGGGCGUCUCUGUCCGCAGUAAAGAAGGCGCUGGAGAGAAGAGGGAUCGAUGUGGGAAAGCGAAAGACACAGAUCAAGAUGAGUAUCAGGAGGUGCCUGGCGAACGGUUCCCUCGUUCUGGUCAAGGGCCAGGGCGUCUCCGGCUCCUUCAAACUCCCAAAGAAUCCAGUCAAGGCAAAAGCGGGAAAGAAGGCGGGAACAUCAGCGGCCGCCAAGAAACCGGCCGUGAAGAAAUUACCGGCCAAGAAGGUGACACCAAAGAAAUCCAAGGCCAAGAAAAUGACAGUCAAGAAAUCCCAGGCCAAGAAAGCGACAGCCAAGAAAUCCCCAGCCAAGAAAGCGAGCGGCAAGAAGACGGCACCGCCAAAGAAAGCGGUGAGCAAAGCAGCGUCAAAGAAACGGACUCCCGUGAAGAAUGUGAAAAAGGCCAAGGGUCCUAAAGCCCCCAAACCCCUCAGCAAACCGGCUAAAGGCAAGGCCAAGCCCAAAGCGAAAGUGACCAAGACAGCAGCAAAGAAAUGAACCAGUCAGUGUAAUAUGUAACCAUCUGAACCCAAAGGCUCUUAUCAGAGCCACCCACUUGUCUCAGGGAAGGGCUGAGCCCGGAUCCAAUGUUUCCCGGCGUCGAGCGCAAACCUACCUUAGAUAUUAAUUGAUCUGAAUAACUCAUGCCAUGGUUUACGAGAGUGGAGACCUGUGAAUCGGGAAGAUAUCAUAUAGAGACGGUUUAUUAAUCUCCAUCUGGUUAUUUCACUUCGCGACUUAUAACCCUACCGAGUCACGAAUAUGACAUGUUGUAGUAUUUGUAUUUCAUUGACCCGUUCAGGAAUGUUACUUCGUUCAGUUUUGAUUCUGAGACCCUGCGCAUGUUUUCAUGGCGUGUUCCUUCCAUCUGCCUGUUACAGACAGUUCAGGCAAAACUUCCACAUUGCCUUCGGGCUAAUUACAAUCUGGGGGUAAUACAAAAAAAAACAGGGGCGGCACGGUGGCUCAGUGGUUAGCACUGCUGCCCCACAGCGCCAGGGACGUCUAUGUGGAGUUUGCACAUUCUCCCCGUGUCUGCGUGGGUUUCCUCUGGGUGCUCCGGUUUCCUCCCACAGUCCAAAGAUGUGCAGGUCAGGUGAAUUGGCUAUGCUAAAUUGCACAUAGUGUUAGAUGGAUUAGUCAGGGGUAAAU